UAAUCCAACUCCAUCCUACCAAAUCCUACGUGACUACUGAACCUAAACAUACCCCUAAAUUCAGUGGAACAGCGUACAAAAGGAAUCAAAGCUUAUUUCCUACAAAGUCCCAGCCAACCUGUGAGGAGCCUAAAUUCCGGUCCUCUUGUAAAGCCUUUUGUUAAUUGCAUCCUGCAUAAAAUCUGCAGUAAAGUUAUUUCAAGGUUAUUGCAAUUCCGGCUGUGGACAAUCCUUUAUUCCUCCCUAUUGUUCCUGGGAUGGGUGGCUGUAGGAUAUAUAUAUAUAUAUAUAUAUAUAUAUAUAUACUGUAUAUACAGAGGAACCCGCACCCUCGCGUCAUGACAAUCAAGAGUUAAUCCUAUACACAGCAAUACUACAUUGCAACACCCCUGUUCAACCCUACACCCCCCAAGCUACUACAUAGCUUUUUGGCGUCUUACGAACAGGAUACGGGUGUGUGCCUACAGCUGUUGCCACCAUUAAAGUGUACUUUCCCAUUAAGAACUGUGAUUAAUGUACUGUGAAAAGAUUUCGCAAGCCGCAAAUAACUGUGCGCACACAAGUGAACGGGACUGUGCUUAUAUUACUGUGUGUAAGAAGUGCGCACGAAAAGUAAGGGGGGAGGCGAAGGUUACAGCGGAGUUACAAUCCCCACCAGACGGGGUUAAAGUCAGCGCCAGGCCUUCCCGCGUGCGAUCCAGCAGCUCCGCCCACCGAGGUCUCCGAAGCCACGGCGGCCAUUUUGGUGGAGCCUCAGACAGAAAUCCUGCAUAAAGGUGCAGUCAGCGUAGCUAAAAAGCGAAAAGUGCUGCAGCAAUCUAAAGCUCUUAAAGAGCCAGUACACUAUGAAGCUCUCAGGUGUCAGAUCGCUGCGCUCAAGUCUUAUAUCAAAGCACUCAAGUUCCCAGUCAUCGCACUCAAGUUCCAGAUCGACGCACUCAAAUUCGAGAUAAGAGCACAGAUGCUUCAUUUAAAGGGCCCACGCACCUAAGCUUCAUUUCAAGGGCUAACGCACUAAGUUAAGAUGUCGGCACCUACGGCACCAGGCCCACCUGCAGCACCUUCACCACCCCCUUCUCCUGCGACCCCGCCAGAGGGGUCACCACAACAAGCAAGAAGGAUGCUGCCUGCUUCACCUCCGGCUCAGCGGCUUAACUUGGGAGCUCCUGUAGCCGCACCUGUCUUGCUGGGGACACACUGGGGAGCACAAUAAUAAUGGGCGCCGGAUCACCAGACACAUGUUUUAUUCUAAUCGAGAGGAGAAACAUAACAGGGAAGAUAAAGUAACAUGAGGAUUUCCAGGACAGGACGUGGAGCGGCUCCUCUAAUCUGAUAAUCCGGAAGGUCUGAUGCUCCGGGCUCCAUAGAUAACGGUGAAAAUAAUAACCCAGAUACGUCACUUCAUGGCGUUAUUCCUCCUCUCCAUCCUAUAAGGUUAUUUUCUAUAUACAUUUCUGUGACUGUGAAUGAACGUAUAUGGAGAGGCGGACACGGAGGACGCUGCAGUGGGGGAGGUCGGAUCCCAUUGUGGGGGAUGGAUGGCAGAUGAGCCUCGGUGGGAGGACGCACAGACAAUGAGACCCUCACAGGGGAGAAUAGGAGAUACCAUCAAAGUGAAGGCGAAUAAAGGACGAGCCCUGGAGAAGAAUGGGGGACGGCUGCUCGGAAGAGAAUGGCGCAUGGCUAAUUUACAAAACAAGAGUAAAAUGCACGAGCGCCGGACUCCGCAGGGUGGACUCAUUGUGCUCGGCCCCUGAGAGUCACCGACCAGUGACAGUGAGAACGCACCAUGGCUACCCAUACUGCCAUCUAUGUGCCACAGGAUCCACAGGACUGAGGAGAAGACACAAGUGGCGCCACCUAUUGUAUCAUGGAGGAUGUGGAGGAGACACCAGACAUUGGCGCACAUAUGUCUAGAGCCCCAGAAUACAGCACAGUAUGCGCGGCUUCCAUAUACAAAACAAAAUAAAUGAACACACGAUGACAGUAAAACUUCCUGAUUUUUCUGUUCCCCAGUGUUUCCCAACCAGGUUGCCUCAAGCUGUGGCAAAACUACAACUUCCAGCAUGCCCAGACAGCCUUUGGCUGUCCGGGCAUGCUGGGAGUUGUAAUUUGGCAACAGCUGGAGGCACCCUGGUUGGGAAACACUGCCCUAGAGAUAAGCAAUCAUCAGAGGCAUCUGGCAGCAGCCUACCACUCCCCUCUCCAUUUAGAACACAUGAACACACACCGAACAUUCACCUGUAUAGAAGGAUCGGGAGAGAUAGCGGUCAGAUGACACAUGUUUUUACAUUCACUGAAAGCAAGCAGAGAUCUUGAAAAUGAUCAGCGAAGAACAAUAGAAAACUGCAGAACCUUUUAUUUAAUGAUGAUCAAACUUAAAGGGGUCCUCCAGCAUGAGGUAUUAGAACAAUGCCCAUACCACAAUAUAUAAAAACUUAACCCUCUACAUUGUUCUAAUAAAAACUCCCACUGGAGGACCACUUUAACUGAUAAAUUGUGGCCAUUACCCUAAGAGCUGCGGAAGACCCUCCAUUUUGUGGUCACUUCUAUAGACAAAUUGUUGUUUCCAUAUAUUUUUAUGACCUAAAUGAAUAAACUGUAUCUCGUGGUAUAUUAGGCUCCUUAAAAAAAAGUGCUUGAUUCUCCUGGGCCUACUGCCAACUCUUCCUGUGCUGUGCCCAGCAACACUGUCAUAGGGGAAUCCAGAGCCAUUCGCAUAGGGAAAUGCUGAUUCUGCUUCACAUAAUAUCCCCGCAUCCUUCCCCCAGGAUCAGGAGAAGUCAUCAGGAUCAGGAGAUGUCCACAGGAUCAGGAGAAGUCAUCAGGAUCAGUAGAAGUCAUCAAGAUCAGGAGAUGUCCUCAGGAUCAGGAGAUGUCUUCAAAAUCAGGAGAAGUCAUUAGGAUCAGGAGAAGUCAUUAGGAUCAGGAGAAGUCAUUAGGAUCAGGAGAAGUAAUCAGGAUCAGGGGAUGUCCUCAGGAUCAGGAGAAGUCAUCAGGAUCAGGAGACGUCCUCAGGAUCAGGAGAAGUCAUCAGGAUCUGGAGAUGUCCUCAGGAUCUGGAGAUGUCCUCAGGAUCUGGAGAUGUCCUCAGGAUCUGGAGAUGUCCUCAGGAUCAGGAGAAGUCAUCAGGAUCAGAUGUCCUCAGGAUCAGGAGAAGUCAUCAGGAUCAGAUGUCCUCAGGAUCAGGAGAAGUCAUCAGGAUCAGUAGAUGUCCUCAAGAUCAGGAGAUGUCCUCAGGAUCAGGAGAUGUCCUCAGGAUCAGGAGAUGUCCUCAGGAUCAGGAGAAGUCAUCAGGAUCUGGAGAUGUCCUCAGGAUCUGGAGAUGUCCUCAGGAUCUGGAGAUGUCCUCAGGAUCUGGAGAUGUCCUCAGGAUCAGGAGAUGUACUCAGGAUCAGGAGAAGUCAUCAGGAUCAGAUGUCAUCAGGAUCAGAAGAAGUCAUCAGGAUCAGGAGAAGUCAUCAGGAUCAGGAGAUGUCAUCAAGAUCAGGAGAAGUCAUCUGGAUCAGGAGAAGUCAUCUGGAUCAGGAGAUGUCCUCAGGAGCAGGAAACGUCCUCAAGAUCAGGAUACGUUCUCAGAAUCAGGAGACGUCCUCAAGAUCAGGAGAUGUCCUCAGGAUCAGGAGACGUCCUCAGGAUCAGGAGACGUCCUCAGGAUCAGGAGACGUCCUCAAGAUCAGAAGUCCUCAGAAUCAGGAGAUGUCCUCAGGAUCAGGAGAUGUUCUCAGGAUCAGGAGACGUUCUCAGGAUCAGGAGACGUCCUCAAGAUCAGGAGACGUCCUCAGGAUCAGGAGACGUCUUCAGGAUCAGGAGAUGUCCUCAGGAUCAGGAGAUGUCUUCAGGAUCAGGAGAUGUCCUCAGGAUCAGGAGAUGUCCUCAGGAUCAGGAGAUGUCCUCAGGAUCAGGAGACGUCCUAAGUAGAGAUGAGCGAACUUACAGUAAAUUCGAUUCGUCACGAAC